GCUUUCUGGGGGCUGCUGGGACGGCUGCUCAAGAAAGAGAAACGUUUGACUUUUAGUUAUGUGGCUUUUUCCAUCAACAACGCGAUACUGUGGAUUUCUAUCGGCACCUAAAUGUUACCGAUGUGUUAAAGGAUUUUCAAAGCCUUAUGCGCAAACAAGCAGACGGAGACGCACCUCAGAAUCCUGUCUUUCAUAUGAGAACGUCAGACGUUUUAUAUCAGAGAACACGGAGGUAGUUGUGGGAGGGAGCCUGACGCCUGAGAUAAAACUGAGAUUGUUUACUCCCAACUGCAGGUUCUGGAGAGAAAGACCAGAACUUUGGCCUUUCAGCGACCCGUACUGGGCAAUUUAUUGGCCAGGAGGACAGGCGCUGUCAAGGUACAUCCUGGACAACCCUGAUGUGUGUCGGGAUGGAUCCGUGCUGGAUCUGGGGAGCGGCUGUGGAGCUUCAGCCAUCGCUGCUAAACUCUGUGGUGCUGCUCAUGUGGUGGCCAAUGAUAUCGACCCCGUUGCAGCUGUUGUGACCAAGUUGAAUUGUGAACUGAACAAAGUAGAGCCGCCAGAUUGCGUGACAGACGACAUAAUUGGUUCGGAUCCUGCCAGCUUUGACUUGAUCCUCCUUGGCGACAUGUUCUACGACGAAACGCUGUCAGACAGCCUUCAUAAAUGGCUGGACCGCUGCAUCAAAAGCCACGGCUCCAAAGUCCUGAUUGGGGAUCCUGGUAGAACCCAGUUUGAGGGACAUGACAUCCGGAAGCUCCUGCAUCACGUAGCCCAGUUUGAGUUGCCUGAGAGUGUUAGGCAGGAGAACUACGGCCUCACAUCCAGCCAUGUUUGGUGCUAUCAUAGCAAGCUCUGAGUGUUGAAACGGUUUCUGUUUGAAAAACGUAUUUAUUUGCGACAUUCAUUUGAAUACCUCUGCAUUUUUGCAACAAUGUGUCACAAAAGUGAGGAAAAGGGGACUCAAGAUGUUUAUAAGAAAUCUUGUAAGCCUUGUGGCAGGAAGUGAGAUCUUUUUGACACUGCACACCGGAAACAACUCUGAAAUCUUCAUGCUAAAUGGUAAAAUGGCCUGCACUUGUAUAGCGCUUUAUCAAGUCCAGAGGAUCCCAAAGCGCUUCACACACACUUUCACACAUUGAUGGUGGCAAAGUCUGUCUGGUGAGCCAUCACUGGGCUCUCUGACCACCACCAGCAGGCAAUGUGGGUGAAGUGUCUUGCCCAAGGACACAACGACAGAAGCGGACGGACCAGGGACUCAACCGGCAGCUCACCUAUCGCAGGACGAGCUCCUACCAACUUUGCGUUGAAACAUAAUUAUGCAGUUCAGGUCACAUGGACACCUGGGCUUGUUUUUGUUACCACAUAUCCGGAACAAAGUUUUAGAAAACUCCAAAACAGCUGAAACUCUGAGUUCCUUAAAUCAAGGCUAAAUCCCCUCUUUUUUAGAGAUGACUUUUGAUUACUAAUAACAUUGAUCAAUAGGCUAUUAAGUUGAUGAUUUUGAUUAUGGCUUUUGACAAAAUGUAAUGUUUAUUGCUUGUUUCAUAAUUGAUGACUGCAUGAUGUUUUUCUGAUGUAUAGCUCUUUAAGCUGUCUUGUUGCUGAAAUGUCCUAUACAAAUAAACUCGACUAGAUUUGACUCUUUGCAAUGGAAGAUGUUAUAACGUGCUCCUCACCCUUCUGUUUUAGGUAUUUCUACAUAGUCUUAUCAUGAGAUUGGUCAAGCUGCUCUCACAUAGACUUCUACAGUGUCGUAUAACAGCAGGGGAGAGCUCCUUGAUCCUGCAGGAUCAAGGAAGCCAGAUCCACUGUUAGUCAGAGCAGACUUGACAGUCUCCUUUGACUCUGUAUUUCUGUUCUCACCUUGCAAAGUUGUAAUCGAUUUCUUAUUUCUUCUCAUUCAGUCUCUUGUUAAAGUAAUUUCUUCCAUGACACUCUUUCAGGCACAUUAUCCAGCAGGAACUGACUGCUGUUAUUGAGCAAUAGUCAGUCCCACCCAAUCCUCACAAUUCUCAUAGACUGACUACUGACCAGCUCUCCUUCUAACCAGUCCGGAAAAUUUCUAAAACCUUCGAGUCUUACCCUAAGAUAGCUUUAGAAGAGAUAAUCUAUUUAAGCUGGUGUCAAGAGAGACUCAUCUCAUCAAAGCCUUUCUUGAGUCACUAGGCGUUCAUGUGAAGUAUCUGACCUUCCUUAUCAGUCAACGACCUGUUCACUUCUCCUUUUCUGUUGUUUACCCACUCACCAUCUGGUUUUGCUUCUUGAAUUUGCUCUGGUGAGACCUUCUGGUUCUUCUUUGGAGUUCCCCUGUCUUCUCGCUCAACUCUGACCGUUUACUGGCCCUGACGUUUGUUCUAAUUAUAACAUAGCAUGAAGGUUAUAUGUCAAUACAUUUCACACAAGGUAUAAUUACUUCAGUUACAGUUUUAUAUAUGCUGUAUGAUCAUCAUAAAUCAUUAAACACUAUCAUCGCUAAUUUAGUUCUUCAGACAUAAUCCUUUUUAAUAAUCAUGUAAUUUUCAUUUUAACCUUGAUCCACAUUACAUUACAUUAAACACAUGAUUACUCAUUUUAUAAUCAUCGGUAAAUCAAAACGCAAGAUUACUUAUGUUUCUCAGGUUUUCAUGAUCUGUUUUCUGCGUUAACCUGGAAAGAUCUCAACCAAUUCCUGCCAGUUUUCACAACAAUCUGUAACUUUACUUGUGGCCCAAAAUGUUCACUAUCGGAAAUAAAAUCUCCUUAAUAAUUGU